AGUCGGUGGCCACGCGCCGCGGGCGGUCGGGCAGCGCGAGCUCGGCCGUUGGCGCCUUUCCCCGCUCCGCGGCCGUUGCAAGGCGGGGACGGGCGGCGGCCGUUGGCCGUUAGCCGGGGGGGGGGGCCCUCAUGGCCGCGUCGGACCGCGUGGCGCUGGGGCCGCUGGUGGGCUCCAUCGAUCAGGGCACCAGCUCUAGCCGCUUCCUGGUGUUUAAUGCAAAAACAGCAGAGCUCUUGAGUCACCAUCAGGUUGAGAUACAGCAGAAAUUCCCUAAAGAAGGAUGGGUGGAACAAGAUCCAAAGGAAAUCUUAAAGUCAGUCUAUGAAUGUGUGGAAAGAACCUGUGAGAAACUGCAACAACUGAACAUAGACAUCACUAACAUAAAAGCCAUUGGAGUCAGCAAUCAGAGGGAAACAACAGUGGUUUGGGACAAGAUCACUGGAGAACCUCUUUAUAACGCAAUUGUGUGGCUUGACCUGAGAACCCAGUCAACAGUUGAAAGGCUUCUUAAAAGAAUUCCAGGAAACAACAAAUCCUUUUUUAAGUUUAGGACUGGUCUUCCACUUAGCACUUACUUUAGUGCAGUGAAACUUCGGUGGCUUUUGGAUAAUGUAGAAGAGAUUAGGCAAGCAGUUGAUAAUGGAAGAGCAAUGUUUGGGACUAUUGAUUCAUGGCUUAUAUGGUGUUUGACAGGUGGGAAGAAUGGAGGUGUUCACUGUACAGAUGUAACCAAUGCCAGUAGAACGAUGUUGUUCAACAUUCAUUCCUUGGAUUGGGAUCCUGAGCUCUGCCAGUUCUUUGAUAUUCCUAUGGAAAUACUUCCAAAAGUACGAAGCUCAUCUGAGAUUUAUGGCCUGAUGAAAUCUGGAGCUUUGACAGGUGUACCAAUUUCUGGGUGCUUGGGUGACCAGUCUGCGGCUCUUGUUGGGCAAAUGUGUUUUCAAGAUGGGCAGGCAAAAAACACGUAUGGAACAGGAUGUUUCUUGCUGUGCAAUACAGGUCAGAAGUCUGUGUUUUCUGAGCAUGGUCUUCUAACCACAAUAGCUUACAAACUGGGCAGAGACAAACCUGUUUGUUAUGCACUAGAAGGAUCUGUUGCAAUAGCUGGUGCCGUUGUUCGUUGGCUGAGGGACAAUCUAGGUAUCGUUAAGACUUCACAGGAAAUAGAAAAACUGGCUGCAGAAGCGGGGACUUCCUAUGGCUGCUACUUUGUGCCAGCAUUUUCAGGACUGUAUGCACCGUACUGGGAACCCAGUGCAAGGGGUAUUAUCUGUGGCCUUACUCAGUUUACAAAUAAAAAACACAUCGCCUUUGCUGCACUAGAAGCUGUCUGCUUUCAAACACGAGAGAUUUUAGAUGCGAUGAACAAGGACUGUGGGAUACCACUAAGUCAGUUGCAAGUAGACGGAGGAAUGACCAAUAACAAAGUUCUCAUGCAACUCCAAUCAGACAUUCUCUGUAUUCCAGUAGUAAAGCCAUCAAUGCCUGAAACAACCGCUCUAGGAGCUGCUAUGGCAGCAGGAGCUGCAGAAGGAGUUGGAAUUUGGAGUCUGAAUCCUGGAGAUUUGACAGCAGUGACAUGUGAACGAUUUGAACCACAGAUCAACCCAGAGGAAAGUGAAUAUCGCUAUGCCAGAUGGAAGAAAGCUGUGAUGAAAUCUAUGGGCUGGGAGACAUCUGAAGCUCCUUCAAACGGUGACACUAGUAUCUUCUGUAGUCUGCCCUUGGGCUUUUUUAUUAUGAGUAGCAUGGUAAUGUUAAUCGGAGCAAAGUACGUCUCAGUCAUCAGUAUAGUAAGUUUGAGGAUUGAAUCUACAGAGGAUUGAAUUCAUCCUUCAUGUGCUGAAACAGCAGUAACGAUAAAUGAGACUACAUAAUGGACUCUCUGGACACAGCUGACUUUUGUUUGUUUGUUUCAUUUUGUUUUACUGUUUGAAAAGAUUCCACCACCAGUGUGAUGAUACUACCUGUGUGACUAAAUUCAUUCAUGAAUACAUCUGUUGUCAGUCCCUGAGCUACCUCCCUCUGGUACAUUGAAAUUUAAGUAUUCAGCCCUUCACUACUCUCCUCUCUUCCCCAUCAACUCCAACUGCACUGGAGGCCUUUGUGUGGACUAUAUCCCAUCAUCCUUUAAAAUUUCACAAGCCAUAGCUGCGUUUGAGAAAGUUGGCAUAAAAAACCCUGCAACUUCUGAGGUGACUUCAGAUGUUUAGUUAAACUUUUCAGGGGUUAGUACUUUAUACAACACACUGAAAAAAGUUAAUGAUGCACUAUGGGACUUUGUAAACAUCUUACAAUUUUUCCAGCUGCUGUGAAUUACCUAUCAUACAUAUGUGGUUGCCAAAGAUGUUUUAUUUUAGUCACCUCUGGUCUGAAAUACCUUCAAUGGUACUAACCUUUUCAUCUCUAGCUCAAAAUAUAUUAUCGGUAGGAAACAUUGCCACUGGUUUGGCAAUGAAAAAGUUGCUGAUAUGGUAAACAGAGCACUAUUGAAAUGAUCAAUUAAAGACUUAAAAAGUUUGGUUUGGCUUCUGGCAUAUGUAGUCAGUUUGCCAAUUUUAAGUAUUUAAGACACUAAGUCCUGUAACUGUACAUUAAAGAGGUAGGAGUAAAUGGCCGUUUUGCUUUAGGCCGUGCUUCAUGUUCUUGCCCUUUUGUGUUUUGACAGACAAAUUUGAUACAGCAUGCUAUUCACAGGACAGCUUCUUUGUCCUCAGUAACUGAAAACUCUUAAAAUUACUCUGUACGGUAUACUUUUUCUUGACCAAUACUGCAUAUAUUCUGUUGUCCUGCUUAAGGGUAUUUUUAGUGAUUGUUUGUUAAAAUUUGAAAGUUGAAGCUAACAGUUUUCCUUAAAGGGGGUCCACUCCAAAUUAAAUAUCAGUGCUUUAGUUCUUGCUGUCAUUUAGUAUACCUCAGGGACCAAAAUCUCCCUUUCAGUUUCCAUGUCCAUAAUUUUAACAGCAAGUUGUCACAAAAUAUGCUGGGACAACCCAAAACCCUGGCUUGGAAUUGUAAGUACUUGGCACCUGAAACUGGCCAUUGGAAUUCACAGGCAACAGGAGUGAAAACGGAGUUGCGUCCACUUUGAAACUUUAGAUCUUCCACAGGUACAGGAGUGAGGCAAUAAUCUUACCUUCAGCUUUCGUGUUUGUACCAACAGCAUGACAAAUGCCAGCCUUAUUGGGUAGGUCAGAGAAAAUGUAUUCUUGUAUCGUGCCACUGGAUCAGUAUAGAAUGAUAGCAAGGUUAAAUGUGGGAACAACAUGAAGAAAUUCAAAACAAAUUACAAAGAGGUGUUUAAAUGCACUAGGAGUUAAAGGGAGUGGUUUUUGUGUGUUCUUAAAAAAAAUGUUGUCUUUGAAAAAUAUUCUUUAAAAGUUUUUCUUUGUUUAACUAGAGGCUUAGUUUUUAAAAAAAUGUUAAAUAUGUGUUUGUCUGAAGCAGUGGUUUGCACAGAAGUUCAGGUCUGUAUGAUAUAUUUAAUAUCAAAUGCAUAUUAAUUGCCUUUUUAUUAUCAAGUGCAAUGACCUUUGAAAAUGUGACUUUUAAUUAAGUUAGAGAAGGAACAUUUUUCCUCCUGUGGUUGCAUGUGUACAUUUAACAGAAGGGAUUUUUGUGCACAAGUGAAAAUACAACACCAACAUUCAAAUCCCUCAUCUUGCAUAAGAACUCAAAUGUGAGGUGUAAUAAUUAAAAUUUAUGAGUUUUCCAGUUUGUAUUGGAGAGGUGAAGAAAGAGUGAAAAAUGAACAUGAACCCAUAGGAAAAUCUUUAUACUCCCUACCUUUACUCUGAGCUGUCACUGAUUCCAUCUUACACCAAGGAACAGCAGCCUUCGGAGCACACGAGGCAAGGGCAGCAUACACCUCAAGCACUGGACUUCUGAGUUUGACUUCUUGCCAAAAACACUGAAGUACUGAACCUGGGAAUGGUUACUGUUAAGUGUUGCCUUUGCCAGUGAUGUAUGUGGCUGGGGGAAAGGUAGCACAUAAUAAGUAGGAGGAGGAUUUUUUGCUGCUUUUCUGAUAUAUCUUUUACUGGGAAACACAAUUCCUAUUACUUUUUCACUGAGUAAAUAUCAUAAUUUUAUUUUCAAUUGCUGUUGCAAAUAUUUUUUAAGAAUUUCACACCACUUUCUACCAACAGUUGAAAUAUAUUGUAAAUUGGGGUUGGGGGGGGCAAACUGUUGAAAGUUAGCUUUUUGUGAAGCUGUGAUUUAUUUUUUCUAUAAAUUACCAGAUUUAUAAAUUCUUACUUGAGACAUGCAUUAACUUGGUAUUAAAAUGC